GCUGCUGGGCCCCGCGCGCCGUCGGCCCCGUGUGCGCCUCCGCUCCCAGCCCACAGCCCUUGGCAGGCAGCGGGCAGCCCGUCCCCGGCUCGGCGGCCCCGGCUUCCUGGCCCUCUCUGCGCGCCUGCGCUCCCUAGGCUGCCCCCGGUCCCCCUCCCCUGCUGCACCGUAACGCCCCCCCGGCGCCCCCUCCGCUCCCCCCUCGGCGCCUCGCUCCCCGUCAGGCACCUGGGACCCGCACACACCCAGCGCACGCGGCGCGCCGUCCUGCUAGAAGUUGCAGCCCCGGAGUUGGAGGCCGCUGAGGACCAAGUGCAGGAGAAAGGAGGCAGCGCGCAGCGGCUGCCGGCGAGGAGGCGGCGGCGAGCCCCGGACCCGGCCCCGCGAAUCACUCUCGUCCCGAAAAGUGGACCUGCAACUUGGCCACGACUGCAUCUGUUUGUACCGCUCUGCCGAGGGCGACCCGGCUGCGGCGGCGGCGAGGACGGCGACUCCGGCCAUCAGCCUCUUUCGCAAGUGGUUUGUGCACGAGGAGAAACUUUCCACCUGUGAGCCGGACGGGCGCUGAGUGCGUGUGUUUUGCCUCUUUUUUUUUGUUGUUUUUGCCUCCACCUCUCCCCUUCUUCUCUCUGCUAAGACCUCUCCUCACACACCUACCCCCAAGUCUCGCUCUGUUUGAGCCCCCCCUCCGUCUCCCCGCCCCCCGACCGUCUAUGCUCCAGGCCCUCUCCGCGCGGUGCCGGUGAACCCGCGAGCCGCCCCAAUGUACAGCAUGAUGAUGGAGACCGACCUGCAUUCGCCUGGCGGCGCCCAGGCCCCCACGAACCUGUCAGGCCCGGCCGGGGCGGGCGGCGGCGGGGGCGGCGGCGGCGGCGGCGGCGGCGGGGGCGCCAAGGCCAACCAGGACCGGGUCAAGCGGCCCAUGAACGCGUUUAUGGUGUGGUCCCGCGGGCAGAGACGCAAGAUGGCCCAGGAGAACCCCAAGAUGCACAACUCGGAGAUCAGCAAGCGCCUGGGUGCCGAGUGGAAGGUCAUGUCCGAGGCCGAGAAACGGCCAUUCAUCGACGAGGCCAAGCGGCUGCGCGCGCUGCACAUGAAGGAGCACCCGGAUUACAAGUACCGACCGCGCCGCAAGACCAAGACGCUACUCAAGAAGGACAAGUACUCGCUGGCCGGCGGGCUGCUAGCUGCUGGUGCGGGCAGCGGCGGCGCGGCCGUGGCCAUGGGCGUGGGUGUGGGCGCGGCGGCCGUGGGCCAGCGCCUCGAGAGCCCGGGUGGCGCGGCGGGCGGCGGCUACGCGCACGUCAACGGCUGGGCCAACGGCGCCUACCCCGGCUCUGUGGCGGCGGCGGCCGCAGCCGCUGCCAUGAUGCAGGAGGCGCAGCUGGCCUACGGGCAGCACCCGGGCGCGGGCGGCGCGCACCCGCACGCGCACCCUGCGCACCCUCACCCGCACCACCCGCACGCGCACCCGCACAACCCGCAGCCGAUGCACCGUUACGACAUGGGCGCGCUGCAGUACAGCCCCAUCUCCAACUCGCAGGGCUACAUGAGCGCCUCGCCCUCGGGCUACGGCGGCCUCCCCUACGGCGCCGCGGCCGCCGCUGCCGCCGCUGCAGGCGGUGCGCAUCAGAACUCAGCCGUGGCGGCGGCGGCGGCGGCGGCGGCCGCGUCGUCGGGCGCCCUGGGCGCUCUCGGCUCGCUCGUCAAGUCGGAGCCCAGCGGCAGCCCGCCAGCCCCGGCUCACUCGCGGGCGCCAUGCCCCGGGGACCUGCGCGAGAUGAUCAGCAUGUACUUGCCGGCGGGCGAGGGUGGAGACCCGGCGGCGGCCGCAGCCGCCGCGGCGCAGAGCCGGCUGCACUCGCUGCCGCAGCACUACCAGGGCGCGGGCGCGGGCGUCAACGGCACGGUGCCCCUGACGCACAUCUAGGGACACGGGGGACUCUGUGGCCCGCACCGGGGAUGCACGACGAGGAGCGUGAGGCCCGCCCCGGGCGCCCGGCCUGGCCAGGCGUAGCCUAGCUUUUGUACAGCCAUUUCCACGUUCUUGUAAAAAGGAAAACACUGGCGACAAACACUAGGACACACACACACACACACACACACACACACACACACCAGCCCCCCCCCCCCCAUUCGCCUUUCCGGGAGCUCCUAGGGACCGCUAGGCGCGGACAAAGUCGGGCGUUUUAGACUGAACUUCGGUGUUUACUUGAGACUUUUUGUACAGUAUUUAUCAUCUACGGAGGAGGCAGAUAGCGUUUCUUUGCUGAAGGGGACACAAAGACCAAACCAAGCAAGAGGCGACUCCAACUUUUCUAUCCCGCCGGCCCGCUCACUGUCAUCUUGCAUUGCUUCCUGAUGGCUUUUGGUUUCCCGGGACCCAGUGCUGGGAGCUGUUCUCAUUUGUUAAUCGAUGUAGUAAGGCAGAUCCAAACACUUAGAAGUUCUUUUGUAGUUGUUACCGCUUUUUUGGAUUGGUUUGUUAAUUUAUACAGAAAGAUCCUUCCACCCCUUUCAGACGGCAGCGUUAUAUUCUGGGUUUUGUAAAACUUUUCUGUAUCUGAGCAUUUCAAUUUUUUUUGUUGUUUUGUAAUUAUUUCUUGUAAAUGCAUUGUAAAAUUUUUAUUUUUAGGCGUUUCGGCGUGGGGAGGGAGAUUCAGAUUUAUGUACAUAGUUUCCUAAAAAGCCUUUUCUUCUAAAAAACGAAAAAGACACCCUCCCUUUAAAAAUGCAUCGAGUUUUGAGUCAAUAAAUUUAAGAGAGAGAAAAGCUCGUUUUUUCCCCAUAAAUUUGAAACGUGCUAAUUUUAUAUGCAUGUUUUAUGAGCUCAAAAUAUAAUUAGUAAAUCUGAAGGAGAAAUCAGCAUGGACUGAAAGAGAGGGAACCCCAGGGGAGAGGAUACGAUUGUCACGGAGCUUCAUUCAGUGGAAGGGAAGGAAGUUAAAAUCUAUAGAUUAUUUUGUAGAAUUUACAGUGUUAAUACAGAAUGAGAAAUAAUUACAAAAACAUCGUUUUAUACUGUGGCCCUUUGGUGAGUUUUCAUCUGAGAGCCGACACUGCGGGUUUUGCGAUUCCUUGCUGUGGGCUUUGCGUCCUCCAGCUGGCCCGGGAUCUGUGCCGCCAGGAGAGAAAAAACCCUAAUGGCGGGACCAGUCCAAGGCUGGACGACAAAGACCACGGAAGGGGCACGGGUGCCCCCUAUUCCCCUGCAAUUAAAAAGAUUGCAGGUGGAAUUUAUCCGGAUUUGGCUCAAGGAAACACAAUCUCUGAACCAAAAUGUACUGUAACCGAUCCCCCUCCAUCGCUCCUCAGCCUUCCCUCGGGCUUAUUUUUCCUUGGGAAAGAGCAAAAUAAUUUUGUUGGAUUUUCACACACACAAAAUCGGCCACCCCCUUUACCCCGCGUGAACUGGGAUGCAAGUUGCUAACCGACGUGAAUGCAAAAUGCGGUGUUUAUUAUUCCUGAUGAGAUCUGAGGUUGUUUGAUGCUUUAAAUUUUUUAAUUAUAUUUUUUCUAGGUGUUUAAUUGGUACAUUGCAGUUUUUUUCUGGAAUUUAAAGUUUUCUGUAAAACUUUGUCUUCAAGUAAUCUGACAGCAUUAAAUAUUGCAUUUGAAAGUUAUACUGUAGCAAAUACAUUUUGAAAUUAGUCACAACAUAAAAGUGAAAUUAUAUUUUGAAAAAAAACCUUUAACCCAGAUCAAAAUAUGUUGAUUUCAUCAACCCCUCAUUUUCUCAACAUCUUUUCUUGUCUUGGAAUGAGUAUAGACUAUCCAUUCAAAAAUGGGCCUAUGCUAGUGGGUUAAUGAGAACCAAAUUCAGCCUGCAUUUGAGAAUAGCUUUAAGUAAAAUGCUAACCUGACAAUUGACAUGUGUAAUUUUUUGGAGUCAUUUUGAUAAUUUUGCUUAAACCACUUAUUCCUUAAAGUGAUUGCAAAAAUUUCAAAAAAGGUGUCAACUGCUUCUUCCCAACAAGAUAA